AUGGACGUGGACGCAGACGCGGACAUGGACGCGGACGCGGACGUGGACGUGGACGCGGACGCGGAUGCGGACGUGGACGCGGACGUGGACGCGGACGACGACGCGGACGUGGACGCGGACGUGGACGUGGACGCGGACGUGGACGUGGACGCGGACGUGGACGCGGACGUGGACGUGGACGCAGACGUAGACGCGGACGUGGACGUGGACGUGGACGUGAACGUGGACGUGGACAUGGACGUGGACGUGGACGUGGACGUUGACGUGGACGUGGACGUGGACAUGGACAUGGACGUGGACGUGGACGAGGACGUGGACAUGGACGUGGACGUGGACGUGGACGUGGACUUGGACAUGGACGUUAAUGUGGACAUGGACGUUAACGUGGACCUGGACGUGGACAUGGACGUGGACGUGGAGGUGGUCGUGGACGUGGACGUGGACGUGGACGUGGACAUGGACAUGGACAUGGACGUGGACGUGGACGUGGACGUGGACAUGGACGUGGACGUGGACAUGGACGUGGAAGUGGACGUGGAUGUGGACGUGGACGUGGACUUGGACAUGGACGUUAACGUGGACAUGGACGUUAACGUGGACCUCGACGUGGACGUGGACGUGGACGUGGAGGUGGUCGUGGACCUGGACGUGGACGUGGACAUGGACGUGGAUAUGGACGUGGAUGUGGACCUAGACAUGGUUGUGGACCUGGACGUGGUCGUGGACCGGGACGUGGACGUGGACGUGGAUCUGGACCUGGACGUGGACGUGGACGUGAACGUGGAAGUGGACGUGGACCUGGACGUGGACGUGUACAUGGACGUGGACGUGGACGUGGACGUGGACAUGGAUCAAGACGUGGACUUGGACGUAAAAGUCGUGGACAUGGACGUGGACAUGGACAUGGACGUGGACAUGGUCGUGGACGUGGACGUGGACCUGGACGUGGACGUGGCCGUAGACAUGGACGUGGACGUGGACGUGCACGUGGACGUGGACAUGGACGUGGACGUGGACGUGGACAUGGACGUGGACGUGGACGUGAACGUGGACGUGGACGUGGACCUGGACGUGGACGUGGACGUGGACAGGGACGUGGACGUGGACGUGGACGUGAACGUGGACGUGGACAUGGACGAGGACGUGAACGUGGACGUGGACUUGGACCUGGACGUGGACGUGGAUGUGGACGAGGACGUGGACGAGGACGUGAACGUGGACGUGGACCUGGACGUGGACGUGGACAUGGACAAGGACGUGGACAUGGACAUGGACAUGGACGUGGACGUGGAUGUGGACGUGGACGUAGACAUGAACGUGGACGUGGACGUGGACAUGGACGUGGACAUGGACGUGGGUGUGGACAUAGACGUGGACGUGGACAUAGACGUGGACGUGGACGUGGACGUGGACGUGGACGUGGAUGUGGACAUGGACGUAGACAUGGACAUGGACCUGGACGUGGACCUGGACCUGGACGUGGACGUGGACAUGGACGUGGACGUGGACAUGGACGUGGACGUGGACAUGGACGUGGACGUGGACGUGGACGUGGACGUGCACGUGAACGUGGACGUGAACGUGGACAUGGACGUGGACGUGGACGUGAACGUGGACGUGGACAUGGACAUGGACGUGGAAAUGGGCAUGGACCUGGACGUGGACGUGGACCUGGACGUGGACGUGGACAUGGACGUGGACGUGGACAUGGACGUGGACGUGGACAUGGACGUGGACGUGGACGUGGACGUGGACGUGAACGUUGACAUGGACGUGGACGUGGACGUGGACGUGGACGUUGACGUGGACGUGGACGUGGAUAUGGACGAGGACGUGAACGUGGACGUGGACCUGGAACUGGACGUGGACGUGGACGUGGACGUGGAGGUGGACAUGGACGUGGACGUGGACGUGGACAUGGACGUGGACGUGGACGUGGACGUGGACAUGGACGUGGACUUGGACGUGGACGUGGACAUGGACGUGGACGUGGACGUGGACGUGGACGUGGACGUGGACCUGGACGUGGACGUGGACAUGGACGUGGACGUGGACGUGGACCUGAAGGUGGACGUGGACGGGGACGUGGACAUGGAUGUGGACGUGGACAUGGACCUAGACGUGGACGUGGACAUGAACGUGGGCGUGGACGUGGACAUGGACGUGGACAUGGACAUGGACAUGGACGUGGACGUGGACUUGGACGUGGACCUGGACGUAGACUUGGACGUGGACGUGGACAUGGACGUGGACGUGGACAUGGACAUGGAUGUGGACGUGGACGUGGACGUGGACAUGGACCUGGACGUGGACGUGGACGUGGACAUGGACGUGGACGUGGACGUGGACGUGGACAUGGACGAGGAUGUGAACGUGGACGUGGACGUGGACCUGGACAUGGACGUGGACAUGGAUAACGACGUGGACAUGGACGUGGACAAAAACGUGGACGUGGUCGUGGACAUGGACGUGGAUGUGGACCUGGACGUGGACAUGGACGUGGACGUGGACAUAGACAUGGACGUGGACGUGGACGUGGACUUGGACGUGGACGUGGACAUAGACAUAGACGUGGAAGUGGACGUGGACGUGGAUGUGGACGUGGACGUGGACGUGGACGUGGAUGUGGAUGUGGACCUGGACAUGGACAUUGACGUGGACGUGGACGUGGACGUGGACAUGGACGUGGAUAUGAACGUGGAUGUGGACGUGGACGUGGACGUGGACAUGGACGUAGACAUGGACAUGGACCUGGACGUGGACGUGGACCUGGACGUGGACGUGGACGUGAACGUGGAAGUGGACGUGGACCUUGACGUGGACGUGUACAUGGACGUGGACGUGGACGUGGACGUGGACAUGGAUCUGGACGUGGACGUGGACGUAAAAGUCGUGGACAUGGACGUGGACAUGGACAUGGACGUGGACAUGGACAUGGACGUGGACAUGGUCGUGGACGUGGACGUGGACUUGGACGUGGACGUGGCCGUGGACAUGGACGUGGACGUGGACGAGCACGUGGACGUGGACAUGGACGUGUACGUGGACGUGGACGUGGACGUAGACGUGGACGUGGACCUGGACGUGGACGUGGACGUGGAUAGGGACGUGGACGUGGACGUGGACGUGGACGUGGACAUGGACGAAGACGUGAACGUGGACGUCGACUUGGACCUGGACGUGGACGUGGACGUGGACGAGGACGUGGACGAGGACGUGAACGUGGACGUGGACCUGGACCUGGACGUGGACGUGGACAUGGACGAGGACGUGGACAUGGACAUGGACAUGGUUGUGGACGUGGACGUGGACGUGGACAUGGAUGUAAACGUGGACGUGGACAUGAACGUGGACGUGGACGUGGACAUGGACGUGGACAUGGACGUGGACGUGGACGUGGACAUGGACGUGGACGUAGACAUGGACGUGGACGUGGACGUGGACGUGGACAUGGACGUGGACGUAGACAUGGACGUGGACGUGGACAUGGACAUGGACGUGGACGUGGACCUGGACCUGGACGUGGACGUGGACGUGGACAUGGACGUGGACGUAGACAUGGACGUGGACGUGGACGUGGACGUGGACAUGGACGUGGACAUGGACAUGGACGUGGACGUAGACAUGGACGUGGAUGUGGACGUGGACGUGGACAUGGACAUAGACGUGGACGUGGACGUGGACGUGGACAUGGACAUGGACGUAGACGUGGACAUGGAUCUGGAGGUGGACAUGGACGUGGACGUGGACGUGGAGGAUUUGGACGUGGACAUGGACGUGGACGUGGAUGUGGACGUAGACGUGGACGUGGACGUGGACAUGGACGUGGACGUGGAUGUGGACGUGGACGUGGACAUGGACGUGGACAUGGACGUGGACGUGGACGUGGACGUGGAGAUCGACGUGGACGUGGACGUGGACAUGGACGUGGAUGUGGACGUGGACGUGGACGUGGACAUGGACGUGGACGUGGACGUGGACAUGGACGUGGACGUGGACGUGGACGUGGACAUGGAGGUGGACGUGGACGUGGACAUGGACGUGGACGUGGACAUGGACGUGGACGUGGACGUGGAGGACUUGGACGUGGACAUGGACGUGGACGUGGACGUCGACGUAGACGUGGAUAUGGACGUGGACAUGGACGUGGACAUAGAUGUGGACGUGGACGUGGACGUGGACGUGGACAUGGACGUGGACGUGGACGUGGACGUGGACGUGGACGUGGACGUGGACAUGGACGUGGACGUGGACGUGGACGUGGACGUGGACAUGGAUGUGGACGUGGACGUGGACAUGGACGUGGACGUGGACCACGUGGACGUGGACAUGGACGUGUACGUGGACGUGGACGUGGACGUAGACGUGGACGUGGACCUGGACGUGGACGUGGACGUGGAUAGGGACGUGGACGUGGACGUGGACGUGGACGUGGACAUGGACGAAGACGUGAACGUGGACGUCGACUUGGACCUGGACGUGGACGUGGACGUGGACGAGGACGUGGACGAGGACGUGAACGUGGACGUGGACCUGGACCUGGACGUGGACGUGGACAUGGACGAGGACGUGGACAUGGACAUGGACAUGGUUGUGGACGUGGACGUGGACGUGGACAUGGAUGUAAACGUGGACGUGGACAUGAACGUGGACGUGGACGUGGACAUGGACGUGGACAUGGACGUGGACGUGGACAUAGACGUGGACGUGGACAUAGACGUGGACGUGGACGUGGACGUGGACAUGGACGUAGACAUGGACAUGGACCUGGACGUGGACGUGGACCUGGACGUGGACGUGGACAUGGACGUGGACGUGGACAUGGACGUGGACGUGGACAUGGACGUGGACGUGCACGUGCACGUGAACGUGGACAUGGACGUGGACGUGGACGUGAACGUGGACGUGGACAUGGACAUGGACGUGGACAUGGACAUGGACCUGGACGUGGACGUGGACCUGAACGUGGACGUGGACAUGGACGUGGACGUGGACAUGGACGUGGACGUGGACAUGGACGUGGACGUGGACGUGGACGUGGACGUGAACGUUGACAUGGACGUGGACGUGGACGUGGACGUGGACGUUGACGUGGACGUGGACGUGGACAUGGACGAGGACGUGAACGUGGACGUGGACGUGAACCUGGACGUGGACGUGGACGUGGAGGUGGACAUGGACGUGGACGUGGACGUGGACGUAGACAUGGACGUGGACGAGGACGUGGACGUGGACAUGGACGUGGACUUGGACGUGGAUGUGGACAUGGACGUGGACGUGGACGUGGACGUGGACGUGGACGUGGACCUGGACGUGGACGUGGACAUGGACGUGGACCUGAAGGUGGACGUGGACGGGGACGUGGACAUGGAUGUGGACGUGGACAUGGACCUAGACGUGGAUGUGGACAUGAACGUGGGCGUGGACGUGGACGUGGACAUGGACGUGGACAUGGACAUGGACGUGGACGUGGACUUGGACGUGGACGUGGACGUAGACUUGGACGUGGACGUGGACAUGGACGUGGACGUGGACGUGGACAUGGACGUGGACGUGGACGUGGACGUGGACAUGGACGUGGACGUUGACGUGGACGUGGACAUGGACGUGGACGUGGACGUGGACAUGGACGAGGACGUGAACGUGGACGUGGACCUGGACCUGGACGUGGACGUGGACAUGGACAAGGACGUGGACAUGGACGUGGACAUGAACGUCGACGUGGUCGUGGACAUGGACGUGGAUGUGGACCUGGACGUGGACAUGGACGUGGACGUGGACAUGGACGUGGACGUGGACGUGGACGUGGACAUGGACGUGGACGUGGACGUGAACGUGGACGUGGACAUGGACGUAGACAUGGACGUGGACGUGGACGUGGACGUGGACGUGGACAUGGACAUGGACAUGGUCGUGGACGUGGACAUGGACGUGGUCGUGGACAAGGACGUGGACGUGGACGUGGACGUGGACAUGGACGUGGACGUGGACGUGGACGUGAACGUGGACGUGGACGUGGUCGUGGACGUGGACGUGGACGUGGACGUAGACGUGGACAUAGACGUGGACGAGGACGUGGACGUGGACGUGGACGUGGACAUGGACGUGGACAUGGUCGUGGACGUGGACGUGGACAUGGUCGUGGUUGUGGACGUGGACCUGGACGUGGACGUGGACGUGGACGUGGACGUGGACAUGGUUGUGGACGUGGACGUGGACUUGGACGUGCACGUGGACGUGGACAUGGACAUGGUCGUGGACGUGGACGAGGACUUGGACAUGGACGUGGACGAGGACGUGGACGUGGACGAGGACCUCGACGACGUGGACGGGGACGGGACGUGGACGUGGACGGGACGGGACGUGGACGUGGACGUGGACGGGGACAUGGACGUUGACGUGGACGUGGACGUGGACGUGGACAUGGACGUGGACAUAGACGUGGACGAGGACAUGGACGUGGACGUGGACGUGGACGAGGACGUGGACGUGGGCAUGGUCGUGGAGGUGGACAUGGACGUGGACGUGGACGUGGACGUGGACGUGGACAUGGUCGUGGACGUGGACGAGGACUUGGACGUGGACGUGGACGUGGACCUGGACGUGGACGAGGACCUCGACGUGGACGUGGACGUGGACAUGGACGUGGAAGUGGACGGGACGUGGACACGUGGACAUGGUCGUGGACGUGGACGUGGACGUGGACGUGGACGUGGACGAGGACAUGGACAUGGACAUGGUCGUGGACGUGGACGUGGACAUGGACGUGGUCGUGGACAUGGACGUGGACGUGGACGUGGACGUGGACAUGGACGUGGUCGUGGACAUGGAGAUGGACGUGGACGUGGCGUGGUCGUGGACAUGGACGUGGACGUGGACGUGGACAUGGACGUGGAUGUGGACGUGGACGUGGACAUGGACGUGGACGUGGACGUGGCUGUGGACGUGGUCGUGGACGUGGACAUGGACGUGGACAUGGACGUGGACGUGGACGUGGACAUGGUCGUGGAAGUGGACGUGGACAUGGACAUGGACGUGGACGUGGACGUGGACGUGGACAUGGACGUGGACGUGGACGUGGAUAUGCACGUUGAUGUGGACGUGGACAUGGACAUGGACGUGGACAUGGACGUGGACGUGGACGUGGACGUGGACGUGGACGUGGACAUGGACGUGGACGUGGACGUGGACGUGGACAUGGAAGUUGUCGUGGACGUGGACGUGAACGUGGACGUGGACAUGGACGUGGACGUGGACGUGGACAUGGACGUGGACGUGGACGUGGUCGUGGACGUGGUCGUGGACGUGGACGUGGACGUGGACGUGGACGUGGACGUGGUCGUGGACGUGGACGUGGACGUGGACAUGGACGUGGACAUGGACGUGGACGUGGACGUGGACGUGGAUGUGUACGUGGACAUGGACAUGGACGUGGACGUGGACGUGGACGUGGACAUGGACGUGGACGUGGACAUGGACGUGGACGUGGACGUGGACGUGGACGUGGACGUGGACAUGGACGUGGACGUGGACAUGGACGUGGACGAGGACGUGGACGUGGACAUGGACGUGGACGUUGACGUGGACGUGGACGUGGACGAGGACGUGGACGUGGACGUGGACGUGGACAUGGACAUGGACGUGGACGUGGACGUGGACAUGGACGUGGACGUGGACAUGGACGUGGACGAGGACGUGGACGUGGACAUGGACGUGGACGUUGACGUGGACGUGGACGUGGACGUGGACGAGGACGUGGACGUGGACGUGGACGUGGACGUGGACGUGGACAUGGACAUGGACGUGGACGUGGACGUGGACGUGGACAUGGACGUGGACGUGGACAUGGACGUGGACAUGGCCGUGGACGUGGACGUGGACAUGGACAUGGACGUGGACGUGGACGUGGACGUGGACAUGGACGUGGACGUGGACAUGGACGUGGACGUGGACAUGGACUUGGACGUGGACGUGGACGUGGACGUGGACAUGGACGUGGACGAGGACAUGGACGUGGACGUGGACGUGGACGUGGACGUGGACGUGGACAUGGACGUAGACGUGGACAUGGUCGUGGACGUGGACGUGGACGUGGACGUGGACGUGGACGAGGACAUGGACAUGGACAUGGUCGUGGACGUGGACGUGGACAUGGACGUGGUCGUGGACAUGGACGUGGACGUGGACGUGGACGUGGACAUGGACGUGGACGUGGACGUGGACGUGGACAUGGACGUGGACGUGGACGUGGACGUGGACGUGGACGUGGACAUGGACGUGGACAUGGACGUGGACGUGGACGUGGACGUGGACGUGGACAUGGUCGUGGAAGUGGACGUGGACAUGGACGUGGACGUGGACGUGGACGUGGACGUGGACAUGGACGUGGACGUGGACGUGGACGUUGACGUGGACGUGGACGUGGACAUGGACGUGGACAUGAACGUGGACGUGGACGUGGACGUGGAUGUGGACGUGGACAUGGACGUGGACGUGGACGUGGACGUGGACAUGGACGUUGUCGUGGACCUUGAUGUCAACGUGGACGUGGACAUGGACGUGGACGUGGACGUGGACAUGGAUGUGGACGUGGACGUGGUCGUGGACGUGGUCGUGGACGUGGACGUGGACGUGGACGUGGACGUGGACGUGGUCGUGGACGUGGACGUGGACGUGGACAUGGACGUGGACAUGGACGUGGACGUGGACGUGGACGUGGACGUGGAUGUGUACGUGGACAUGGACAUGGACGUGGACGUGGACGUGGACAUGGACGUGGACGUGGACAUGGACGUGGACGUGGACGUGGACGUGGACGUGGACAUAGACGUGGACGUGGACAUGGACGUGGACGAGGACGUGGACGUGGACAUGGACGUGGACGUUGACGUGGACGUGGACGUGGACGAGGACGUGGACGUGGACGUGGACGUGGACAUGGACAUGGACGUGGACGUGGACGUGGACGUGGACAUGGACGUGGACGUGGACAUGGACGUGGACGAGGACGUGGACGUGGACAUGGACGUGGACGUUGACGUGGACGUGGACGUGGACGUGGACAAGGACGUGGACGACGUGGACGUGGACGUAGACUUUGACGUGGACGAGGACAUGGACGUGGACGUGGACGUGGACGAGGACGUGGACGUAGACCUGGACAUGGUCGUGGACGUGGACAUGGACGUGGACGUGGAAGUGGACGUGGACAUGGUCGUGGACGUGGACGAGGACUUGGACGUGGACGUGGACGUGGACGUGGACGUGGACGAGGACCUGGACGUGGACGUGGACGUGGACAUGGACGUGGACGGGACGUGA